AUGCUCCGCCGCCAACUAUUGCGUCACGUCCACCGCCGCUUGGCCACGGCCAUAACAGGACCAAAAGGGAACGCGGGAGGUGGUCGAUGUUUUCGAAGCACCUCCAGCGAGUCGCUCCUGCCCAUGCCGCUCACGGUCUUAACCGACGAGGAGCAAAUGUUCAAAGACUCGGUCGCGCGCUUUGCCGCUGACGUGAUUGAGCCAAACGCUCGUCACAUGGACGAGACGGGCGAGAUGACGCCGGAGGUCCUUCGCGGCUUAUUUGACAAUGGGCUGCUCGCGGUACAGAUCCCGGCCACCUAUGGCGGCGUCGAAGCGUCGUUCAUGAGUCUCAUCUUGACGAUCGAGGAGCUCUCGCGCACCGACGCGAGCGUGGGACUGCUCUGUGACCUGCAGAAUACCGUCGUGAGCAACGUGUUCUGGCGCUACGGCACGGAGGCCCAGCGUCAAGCGUAUCUGCCUCGUCUGUGCCGUGAUACCAUUGGCAGUUUUUGUCUCACGGAGCCGGAAGCCGGGAGCGACGCGUUCGCACUUAAGACGAAAGCUGACGUAGCUCCGGACAAGAGCUACUAUACGCUGAAUGGGGAGAAAAUGUGGAUCUCAAACGUCGCACAUGCCGACGUGUUCCUGGUCAUGGCCACGGUGGACUCGUCGUUGGGCUACAAGGGCAUCACGUGCUUUGUCGUGGAGCGUGACAUGCCGGGCGUCUCCUUUGGACCACCGGAGAAGAAGCUCGGACUGAAUGCGUCGUCGACGUGCUCGGUUAUCCUCGAGAACGUCAAGGUCCCAGUCGAUAACGUGCUGGGUGACGUGGGGCAGGGCUACGCGAUUGCAAUUGGCCAGCUGAAUGAAGGCCGCAUUGGCAUUGCAGCGCAGCAGCUCGGCAUUGCUGAAGGCGCGUACCGCCACGCAAUGCCGUAUCUUUUCCAGCGAAAACAGUUUGGUCGUGCAAUUGGCGACUUCCAGGCUAUGCAGCACCAGUACGCCGAACUGGCGCUGGAGAUUACAAGUGCUCGUCUGCUCGUUUACAAUGCUGCUCGGCUCAAGGAUGCAGGGCAUGAGUUUGUCCAAGCUUCUUGUAUGGCCAAGCUGCACGCGUCGCGCGUGGCGGAGCGCACGGCUUCGCGAUGUAUCGAGAUGCUGGGCGGUGUCGGGUUCUCGAAACAGCUCCUGGCGGAGAAGUUUUACCGGGACUGCAAGGUUGGCACCAUAUACGGCGGGACGAGCAAUGUCCAGCUCAGCACGAUUGCUCGGCUGGUCAAGCGGGAGCUCGUCUAG